CCUCUUCUCAAACAUAUCUCAACUUAUUGUUUGAGACUACACGAUUAUAAAGAGAGAUAUCAAAAAGAAGAGAAGACCACAAAACAAAAACAAAACAAAAAAAACAAAAAAAUUAUCAAAUCUCUAACAAUAAUGGUGUCCAAAGCCAUCUUCUUAUCUUUCUUCGUCGUCGCUGCCGUGUGUUUGUCCUCUCUCGCCGGUUUUGCCGCCGCAGAUGCUGACGACUUCGACCGUUUCCAGAUUCAGGGAUCAGUUUAUUGUGACACUUGCCGUGUCCAAUUCGUUACCCGUCUCAGCAAAUUCCUCGAAGGUGCGAAAGUAAAGUUGGAAUGCAGGAGCAGAACAAACGGAACCCUAACGUUGACCAAAGAAGCCGUUACCGACAAAUCAGGAAGCUACAAGAUGGAAGUAACCGGUGACCACGAAGAAGAAGUUUGCGAGCUCGUGUUGGUCCAAUCACCAGACAGUGGUUGCAGUAACGUCAGCAAAGAGGCUUACCUUCGUAACGCCGCUAAGAUCAGCUUAACGGCGAACGACGGAAUUGUCUCUCACGAGACACGUAUCGUUAACCCUCUCGGUUUCAUGGUUAAGACCCCGUUAGCUGACUGUGCCGCUGCUUUCAAGGAGCUCGGUAUUGUCCCUGACGUCACCUUCUAAGCGAAGAAAGAAAAUAUAUAUUAUGACGUGAGAGAUUUUAUUUUCUAUUUGCUUCAUCUUGAAGGGUUUUUCGUCAAUUAUUAUUAUGAAUCAUGUGAAAUUUUCGCCUUUUUUUGUUUAAUUUGAACUCUGAGGCAUACUUUGAUGUUCCAUAGUGAAAAAGAUGUAAUUUGGUUAUACAAUGCUGAGGAAAUUAUCUA